UCACCUGUUGGAAUUUACUGUUAGUUGAUAGGUCGAAAGCAGUCCAGUUUUAUUAAAAAAGGGCCGAUGUGGAUGCUGGUUUUUCUUUUAGCCCAGCACUAAGAUGCAUGAUUGGACUUGACACAACCUUGAUUGAAGACCAUGAUUAAUCAAUUAGCCUAGUUGAAUCUGGAGUCGUGGUGCUGGGCUAAAACAAAAUAUCUGCACGCACAUCGACCGUUUUCGGAUAAAAUUGGACACCACUUGCCUUAAACUCAACGUAGGUUACAGCUGCUCUGAGUGACGUAAAAGUUCAUUGCGACUAGUGAGACAGCAAGGAAACCUAACCUAUUACCUGGACCAACUUGAUUUGAUCUAAAUAGUCAAAUCCCUAGCGUCAAAGGCCAAUUAUUGGGCAAACACCUGACACUUGUAGGCUGCGUGAUAGAUUCACAUGUAAUCUCAGAGUAAUACAUAAAUUACGCAUUAAUGACCUUAUAAAGCUAAAAAUAUAGCAAUGAUUGAGUUACAAAAAAGAAUGUGGGCAUACAGGUGUGCAAAAUGUAUAAAACUGGAGUAAGAGAACUGUAAUGAUGAUCUACCAAUUAAACUCGCCUUAUUUACAAUAUGUAUGUCUGUUCAUAAUAGGCUUACAAAACGUCUCGCUAUAAACUCUUUCCUGCGAUGAUACUGUCAUUUCGCCGGUUUGAUCGCAUCAAUAGCCUUCCUCACCGUCUCAAAAGGAACCUACGACCAACGGCACACAGGCGUCCCUGUGCUAUAAGAGAUUCACUCGGGCUCUGCCUCUGGUAGCUCUAAGAUCUGGACCACCACCCUUGCGUCCUGCGGGGCUUAGGCAAUUCACGAUCAACACUUUAGGAUGACAUUAAGAAAACGGCUGCAGCCAUGCAAUCCGCAUUCAAUGCCGCCCCACAGCGAUUCGGAUACUCCACCCUCGCUCCAGAAGUCGGAGAGCCGGACAGCGUUCUCACGGUGAACUGGUCCUUAAUGCGGGGAAACACCUCUCACCUGGAUACGGAGAACACACGCGUCCCUCAUUAUAAACAGUUCUCAUCGUCCACAUCAGUAUUUUUAGCAAUGCUCAUGACGCUGCUGGUCUUUGCCACAGUCAUGGGCAAUGCACUUGUAAUUUUGGCAUUUGUCGUGGAAAAAAGUUUGCGGACCCAAGGCAACUUUUUCUUUUUGAAUUUAGCAAUAGCGGACUUUCUUGUUGGGGGGUUUUGCAUUCCAGUCUACAUCCCCUAUGUACUAACUGGAGAGUGGAGACUCGGACGAGGUCUGUGCAAACUGUGGCUCGUGGUGGACUACAUGCUCUGCACUGCCUCUGUGUUCAACAUCGUUCUGAUCAGCUUCGACCGGUUUCUUUGUGUCACAAGAGCGGUGAGUUACAGGUGCCAGAAGGGUGUGACCAGGGAGGCCGUGCUGAAGAUGGCGAGCGUGUGGCUGGCCGCUUUCCUGCUGUACGGUCCGGCCAUCAUCAGCUGGGAGCACAUUGCGGGCGGGAGCGUGGUCCCGCACGGCGAGUGUCACGCAGAGUUCUACUUCAACUGGUACUUCCUGAUGACAGCCUCCACCGUGGAGUUUUUCACCCCCUUCAUCAGCGUCACUUACUUCAACCUCAGCAUCUACAUCAACAUCAGGAGGCGGAACCAGAUGAGGGAGGGGCAGUCGGCGGGGGGCGGGGCUGGGCUGGGGGCGCUGGGGGACUGGGAGAUGCAGCCGUGCGGCAGGGUCGGGGGGGAGCCGAAGGUGUUUUUCGUCAGGGCGGCGGCGGCCAGCAGGUGCGGCGGUGAUGGGAGGGGCGGCACCAAGGCGUCCACGAGGGACAGCGACGGGAAGCGGCGGGACAGCGACCUGCUGGACCUGCCUCCCCUGCAGCUGGAGGACCUGGCCCAGGGGCCGGGGGACGGGCCCUGCGGGGCCCAGCAGGGCCGCUCUGAGGCUGCCGUCGACCCAGUGCGCUUCCGCCUCCUGCGCGACAAGAAGGUGGCCAAGUCGCUGGCGGUGAUCGUGUGCGUGUUCGGACUGUGCUGGGCUCCCUACACCAUGCUGAUGAUCAUCAGAGCUGCCUGUCAUGGGCAGUGUGUGCAGCACUAUCUGUACGAGAUCUCAUUCUGGUUGCUUUGGCUCAACUCUUCCAUUAACCCCAUCCUGUAUCCAUUGUGUCACACCAGCUUCAGGAGGGCCUUCGCAAAACUGCUCUGCCCCUCCAAGAUCAAAAUUCAGCCCCAGUAUGUUGAACAGAAGUGCUAGGGAGGGAGCUAGCCACAUGGGGUUCAUUCUUUCAUUCAUAAUUUUAUGGCUGUGGGUAAAAAAACUAUUUAUCCAUACCCAUAAAAGCUUAUAAACCUUAUAUAGACUAAAUUAGGCAUUUUUUCACUGCCAUGAAAGUAUGAAAAAAGGAUAAACAAAAUGUUUACCAUUGCAUGGGUGUAAAGAAUGGGAUUUUUUAAAAAACGCUGUUGCAUUCUUUAGAUUUAUACAGUUUAAAAUAUUUUAUUUGCGCAACACAAUAGAAAACAUACAAUGAUCAACAGCAUGAAUGCAAGUUAAAGGCACAGCAUUAUGGCAUUGCGUUUUGAAUUAUAUAGCCAGUGAGUGGUGCACGUGCCAUCACAGAAAAGUCUGCUCAAAGUGAUUAUAGAAUCACAGAGUUGACCUUGGUAAUAUCUGUGCUUUUUGUCCUACCACUUUAACUUCUUUAGGAAUAAUAAUACUGAUUCAGAAGCACAACAGCAAAGAACAGUCCUCAAUAGUAAAUAUUGCGACAUCACAAAAUAGACUGUGUUCCGUAAUAUGGUAUGUACAUAUUAGAAAACCAGUGCCAUGAAAAAGUAUUUGCCUCUUCCAGAUUUCCUCUAUUCCAUAUUUGUCACACUGGAUGGUUUCAGAUCUUUAGACAAAAUGUAAUUUUAGACAGAGGGAACCUGAGUGAACUCAAGAUACACUUUUGAAAAUCAUUACAUUUUAUGAGAAAAAAAAGAUCACUGAUAUCACCCAUGUUAAAAAGUAAUUGCCCCCUUAAACUUAACUGGUUGCACAAUCUUCAGCAGCGAUAACUGCAAGCUAACAAUGUGGAGGAAUUUUAGCCCAAUUUUCUUUGCAGAACUGCUUUAUGUAAUUCAGAUAAAUUGGUAGGUUUUGGACCAGAGAUCAUACCACUCCAAAACUUUCAUUUUGUUUCUUUUCAGUCAUUCAUAUGUGGACUUGCUUUUGUGUUUUGGAUAAUACUGAUUCAGAAGCACAACAGCAAAGAACAGUCCUCAGUAGUAAAUAUUGCGACAUCACAAAAUAGACUGUGUUCCGUAAUAUGGUAUGUACAUAUUAGAAAACCAGUCUUGUAGCACAACCCAAUUAGGCUUCAGCUCACAGACAGAUGACCAGACACUCUCCUUAAGAAUUUUCAGAUACAGAGCAGAAAUCAAUGGUGGCAAGUCACCCAGAUCCCAAGGCAGUAUUGCAUCCCCACACCAUCACACUGCUACCACCAUGUUUGACUGUUGGUAUGAUGUUCCUGCUGUGAAAUCCUGUAUUUGCUUUAUACCAGACAUAAUGGGACCAAUGUCACCCAAAAAGUUCCACUUUUGACUAAUCUUUCCAUAGAACAUUAUCCCAAAAUGCGUGGGGAUUAUUCAAGUACUUUUGUUUUUUUUUUGAAAAUGUAAGGCAAGCACUGAUGUUUCUCUGGGUUAGCAGUGGCUUCCUCCUCGCUACUCUCUCAUUAAUCAUAUUUUUGCCCAGUGUUUUUCUUACUGUGGAGUCAUGAACACUGACCUUAGCCGAGGACUGCAGUUCUUUGGAUGUUCUUCCGGGAUCUUUUGUGCUGGAUGAGCCUUGCAGAAAUUCUGGCAGCUUGAUCAACCCUGGGAAGUGUUCUUCAUUUGGAGGUAAUGGCUCUCACUGUGGUUCGGUGGAGUCCCAGAGCCUAAAGCCUGUGACCCUUUCCAGACUGAUAUAUUUCAACAUGUUUUUCCUCAUCUCUUGUGAAAUUUCCUUUGAUCGUGACAUAAUGUACUUGUUGAAACUUACUGGUGACUACUUCACUCUGAUGGUAACAAUCAAUGCGAGUGAGGUUUAGAUUCAAAAGAGCUGGCUGCAAUCAAGGUUGGCUGUGCUUAAUCAGCUGAAUCAAAUUAUCAAUUAAAUUAGGUUAAUUGGCUGAGUAACUAAGGGGGCACUUUUUCCAAAUGGGUGAUAUGUGUGUUUGAAAACUUUUUUUUUUCUUUUUCCCCUCUGCAAUCCUGACUGAAGGUCGUUGAUGCUGAUACUCAUCUGGAGCUUUGACACAAUGCAUGCUAGCUAAAUAAAGCUGUACAUACAGAUUA